AUGCUCUGGGCGAAUCGUUUGCGGGUUGGAGUUGGUCAACAGAUGACACGAGCAGUUACUCUAGCAGUAGCAAUAGCAGCAGCAUCAGCAGCAGCAAUAGCUAUAGCAGUUCUUCGGACCUGUGGUGGAGCGCAGGUGGCUCGGGUUUGGCGACGCCAUUUGGCGCAACAUCGCGUCUCGAUUCGCUAUGGGGAGUUGGAGCCGACCCGCUUGGCGCCGCAAACCUGA